GUGGACAACUCGUCUCUGACGGGGGAGUCUGAGCCGCAGACGCGCUCCCCGGAGUUCACCCACGAGAACCCGCUGGAGACGCGCAACAUCUGCUUCUUCUCCACCAACUGCGUGGAAGGCACCGCCCGGGGCAUCGUCAUCUCCACGGGGGACCGCACGGUGAUGGGGCGCAUCGCCUCGCUGGCGUCGGGGCUGGAAGUGGGGCGCACGCCCAUCGCCAUGGAGAUCGAGCACUUCAUCCGCCUCAUCACCGGCGUCGCCGUCUUCCUCGGCCUCUCCUUCUUCAUCCUCUCGCUCAUCCUGGGCUACACGUGGCUCGAGGCCGUCAUCUUCCUCAUCGGCAUCAUCGUGGCCAACGUCCCCGAGGGGCUGCUGGCCACCGUCACCGUGUGCCUGACGCUGACGGCCAAGCGCAUGGCGCGCAAGAACUGCCUGGUGAAGAACCUGGAGGCGGUGGAGACGCUGGGCUCCACCUCCACCAUCUGCUCCGACAAAACCGGGACCCUCACCCAGAACCGCAUGACGGUGGCCCACAUGUGGUUCGACAACCAGAUCCACGAGGCCGACACCACCGAGGACCAGUCCGGUGCCACCUUCGAUAAGCGCUCUCCCACCUGGGCCGCGCUGGCGCGCAUCGCCGGGCUCUGCAACCGCGCCGUCUUCAAACCGGGACAGGAGAACGUCUCCAUUUCCAAGCGUGACACGGCGGGCGACGCGUCCGAGUCGGCGCUGCUGAAGUGCAUCCAGCUCUCGUGCGGCUCCGUCAAGAAGAUGCGGGACAAGAACCCCAAAGUCACCGAAAUCCCCUUUAACUCCACCAACAAGUACCAGGUGGGGCCGCGGCGGGGGCACGGGGUGGGGGCAGGGGGUUUCUGCCACCUCUACCUGCCCCCGGACAAGUUCCCGCGGGGUUUCCGCUUCGACGCCGACGAGGUCAACUUCCCCACCAGCGACCUCUGCUUCGUGGGGCUCAUGUCCAUGAUCGACCCCCCCCGCGCCGCCGUCCCCGACGCCGUGGGGAAAUGCCGCAGCGCCGGCAUCAAGGUGACACCCCCAAGACAGCCCCCCCCUGCCCCCCCGGAGCCCGCGGAUAUUUGGGGGUCGCGCUGCAGGGAGGCCAAGGCGUGCGUGGUGCACGGCUCCGACCUGAAGGACAUGACGUCGGAGCAGCUGGACGAGAUCCUGCGCAACCACACCGAGAUCGUCUUCGCCCGCACCUCCCCCCAGCAGAAACUCAUCAUCGUCGAGGGCUGCCAGCGCCAGGUGCCCCGCCGGCCCCGCGUGGUGUCCCCGUCCCGUGGUGUCCCCAUCCCAUAAUGUCCCUGUCUCCGU